AUGGUAUCCAAUUCCGCCACAACCGAAUGCAAGAACUCCGCUCCGUACUGUAUCGCCUGUCCAGAGAACCACUUCCUAUUCCAAUGUCUAGCAUUUUCCAAGAUGUCCGUUCGCCAGCGACGAGAGCUGGUAUCCCAGAAGCGCUUAUGCUGGAAUUGCUUCCGCUCUGGACACCAAAGUAGGAAUUGUACAUCCAAGUACGAUUGCCGAAACUGUCACCAGAAACACCAUACCCUGCUGCACGAAACUUCAACCACGAAGAUACAAUCCAGUCCAGUAACUAUAUCUGGUCAGUCGUCCCAACAACCGAAUCCAUCCACGAUGAUUGCCGUCGAAACCCCCGGAUCAGUGAAUCCGAACCCCCAAGUGAGCUUGUCGGUACAGUCGUGCCAAUCCACGGUUCUGUUGGAAACGGUCAACCUCCUAGUUGUAGACCAGAAUGGCAAAGGGCAUUCCGCUCAUGCACUCCUAGAUUCAGGAUCGAUGAGCAGCUUCAUCACGAAGAAGCUUGCGAACAUACUCAACCUCCGUCGUACGAAAGUAGACAUCGCCGUGUCUGGAAUCGGUGAAACGUCGAAGCAGAUCAAGCGCAAGUUGACUGCUACAAUUAGAUCUAAGCUGCUUUCGUUCAGUACUACGCUCGAGUUUCUCAUCCUCAAGAAACCCACAGUCUGCCUGCCAACCAUGCCGAUUGAUAUUUCCUUGUGA